ACAGUGAGCACUGAUACCAAGGAGACCCCAGCAGCCGAGAAAGAUAAGGAGAACGGUUCGUCGAAAAGAAAGAAGGACAAGACUCGAAGCAAGAGUCGUUCAAGGUAGGACUGGUCAUGAAUCGUGUAUACGACCCGGGCUCUAUUCAUGA